AAGGCGCCGUGCAAAACGUUCCAUUUGUACAAAUAAAAGUUCUUCGUUUACUAACAAGUCUUCAGCCAUCGCCAUUGUCCUUUGCUUCCAACCAAUUUCUGUUUUUGUUUCAUUCGAUUUUCUUCACUAUUCCAAUUCAAUUUUGAAACCCAGAGAUUUUCUCUAUUCACUUCCAGAUCUCCUACAUUUUAAUCCCCAAGUUUCUGCGUCGAAUUUGAUGGUUUUGAUGGUUUUCAGGGUUUUGUUUCCAUAGCUUCCAAGUUUUAUGCAGGGAGAAUCCAAUUCCCCCUCGUAAAAUAUGGACAAGAGCGGAUCAUUCAAUCACCAUACUGCAUCAAACGAUUCCCAGAAUUCCUGGAAUAGAGAUACCGGAUUUGGCGCCAAUGAUCGGAGGUUCGCUUUCUCGCGUCAAGCUUCGUCUAAGCAUUGGCAAGACCUGCCCCAUACUCCGAUUCCUAUCAACUCCGACGAUUCGACGAAGCCUUUGCUUUCGCGGAAUAUGUCGAGCAUAAACAUUCCGCCUGGGGGAUACUUUGCUUCCGAAAGUAACAAAUUCUUUAGUGUAAAGGAUAAUUCAGGUGAUAAAUUAUCGGUUUUGUCACUGGCCUUUUCAAUUUUAGAGAAUGUGAGAUCUGGGAAUCGGUAUAUGAAGAGGCUGUUUCUGAUGAUUUCGCUUAAUGUUCUGUAUUCGACUGCCGAGUUAGCUAUCGGUCUCCUUACUGGCCGUAUUGGUCUGGUUUCUGAUGCAUUUCAUUUGACUUUUGGCUGUGGUCUUUUAACAUUUUCAUUGUUUGCCAUUGCUGCUUCUCGGAGUAAGCCUGAUCAUGCUUACACCUAUGGGUACAAGAGACUGGAGGUUUUAGCUGCCUUUACUAAUGCUCUAUUUCUUCUGUUUCUGUCUUUCUCAUUAGCCGUGGAAGCACUUCAUGCAUUUAUACAAGAUGAAUCUGAACACAAGCACUACUUAAUUGUCUCAGCCGUAACAAAUUUAAUGGUCAAUCUCAUAGGUGUUUGGUUCUUCAGGAACUAUGCUCGCAUUAAUCUAGUGUACAGAAAAGCUGAAGAUAUGAACUACCAUUCAAUUUGCUUGCAUGUUCUUGCAGAUUCUAUCCGCAGUGCAGGUCUGAUACUGGCAUCCUGGUUUUUGUCUCUUGGAGUACAAAAUGCUGAAGUUUUGUGCUUAGGACUGGUUUCAGUUGCAGUCUUUAUGAUUGUCAUGCCUCUCUUUAGGGCAACCAGUGGUGUUUUACUUCAAAUGGCACCGCCUAGCAUUCCAACUUCGGCAUUAAGCAAAUGUUGGAGACAGAUUACAUCUCGUGAAGACGUAUUAGAAAUCACUCAAGCGCGAUUUUGGGAAUUAGUACCUGCUCAAGUUGUUGGCUCACUCUCUCUAACGACAAAGAAAGGAACGGACAAUCGCCAAGUGCUUGAAUUUGUGCACGAUAUGUAUCAUGAAUUGGGCAUACAGGACUUAACAGUGCAAACUGAAGAAGCUUGAGUUGCUGCUGCUUUAUAUUUCUCCUUAUUCUCCAUAUGACUAAUGGUGAUGAUAUCUGUAGGUUACCCAUACUAUCAAUUUUUUGAACAUCCACAUUAGGUUUAUGAUAUAUGCCAAUUAUCUCCAACAUGUUCCUCAGUGUCGAUGAUAGUUGAUAAUGUCUUCAUUUUAAACUUCUUCCUUGUCUCUCCCCCUGCACAUCCCAUAUCCUGCAUCAUUCUUAUAUUAACUUUUUUUCUUUUAAUGUAAAGUUACUGUAGCUUUAGAGAUAAUUGUAGUGAAAUUUUGUUGAGGAUUAUGAAAAUUGAUUUAAGGAUUAUGAUUAGUUAUUUUA